AGGCUAUGCAUGCCAGGGGCAAAGGGACAGAGAUAUGUCUUUAUCGAUGAAACAGACUCCCCAACACCCCGCCUGGUGUAACUAUAUCACUCUACGUCCAAGCUUUUCAAGUCGUCUCCUGUUCUAGUCUCCCAGCUUUCCAACAACAUAUCAUUUCUCUAUCCUUCGUAUUCAAUUCAAUUCAUUUAUCAACAUGACUUACUCGAUCCUCGUUUUCGUCUACCGCAAGCCCGGCACCACACCAGAACAGUUCAAGGCACACUAUGAAGGAUCGCACGUACCAUUGAUACGCGAACUUGCCGGCGCGCACUUCCCAUUAUCGCAUACUCGGCGCUACAUCCACCGGUCCGAGGGUCAGGGUGAAGGCACUACGCGAAAUGCCACUACACCGGCGUCGGUGCUUAUCGGCAGACAGGAGGACUUCGAUUAUGAUGCAUUCGCUGAGCUUAUCUUCGAUGACGCCACCGCGUUUCAAAAUUUCUUCGCUGUCAUGCAGCAGCCCGACAUCGCCGCUAAAAUGGCCGCCGACGAAGAACAUUUCAUCGACCGCUCCCGUCUGUCCGUUGUCGUUCUAGGUGAGACUCAUGUUACGGCCAAGGAAUGAAAGGCAUGAUUGAGUUCCUGUGGGCAAAAGUCACUGUACUGGCUCAGGAUAAUCUCGAAGGCUCGCUUCUUGUCAAACGCUCGACGCCUUUGAGUAUUAGUGGGAGGACCCACGAUGAAAUAGUGGGUCUACCGGGGAUGAUAGGGGUUGAGCCCGGGCAGUCCAUCAGUUAGAAUAUUUACGUUGGUCGAUUACCACGUCCGGUGCGAGAUCCUUUUCGCUUCCUAGUUACAUUGACUUGCGAUUUAGACUGCAGUUGAAUCUGUAUUAAACCUAAAGUCUACUUGAACUGUUGUU